AUGGAGAACCUUCUGUCAGACUGCAGCCCCCUCAUCAGCGCAGCCUCCGCUGGUAGGCUCCGCCUGGUCCGCCUGCUGGUGGAAGGUGGAGCUCAGGUGAACGGGCGCAACCCUGGAGGAGAGACGGCUCUCCUGGCUGCCUGCAAGACGAUGAGAGGCGAACCUGUGCCAGAGACUGUGAAACUCCUCACGUACCUGUUACAAAACAAGGCUGAUCCUAAUGUCCAAGACGGGGCUGGCCGGACUGCUCUAAUGUAUGCCUGUAUGCAGCGGGCAGGAGCCCAGGUGGCCUCCACCCUGCUCGCGGCGGGAGCAGACCCCAGCAUGGAGGACUUCUCUGGAGCCUCUGCGCUGGUGUACGCCAUCAAUGCACAGCACCACGCCACAGUGCAGGUGUUGAUGGAUGCCUGUCGGGCCAAGGGUCGCGAUAUCAUCAUCAUCGCCACGGAGAUGGGUGUGAACGGAGGCCGAGUGACCAGGCGUUACCUGAAUGUCCCCCCGUCCCCGGACACCUUACCAGUGUCCUGCAUGUCCCUGUCGGACAUCGUCCUCAAGACAGGCUCUCCAAACUCACCAGAGGGAGAAAACAUCUUCAACUUCAGAGGAGAAAGCAAACAUGGAAGCAUCAGCAGCAGCAGCAAGCUCCCAUCCUGUGAGCCGCCUUCUCUGAGACGGCCUGGCAUUCCUAGACAGAGGGUUUCAUCUGAACCUUGGCUGGCCAUUCACGACCUGGCCGGUCUGAGCAGGGCUUAUGAGGAGAGUCUGAAGGAGAGCGUCCUGAGGGAGGAGGGAGACCGAAAGGCACUGGGCAGGAAAGGAGGAGGAACGGAGGACGAGGAGAAACAUUCUCAUGAGUCCGGGGUGCACAAGAGCAAGGCUGACACGGUUCAGAGGACGGAUGUUGUACGUGCGGGGGGGAAUUACAACAGGGAUUUCUCCCGGUCAGACCUCUCCCUCCCUGGGACCUGCUCGUCUCACGCCAAAUUGGGCGGUGCUGUCCAUAAGAGGCCUACAGCCCCUGGAGGGCCUGCUUUGGACGUAAAGCUCCCAGCCUUCCCUCCCCCGCACACGCAGCUCCGCAGGAACACGCUGCCCUCCAUCACGGUAGCCCCCGCCGCCCUUCACCUCCCACCCCUAGUGGCCCACUCAGACUCCCAUCUCCAGGUGCCCCCUAAAGUUUCACAUCCUAAAAGCAGAGCCUCAACGUUUCUCCCCCGCCUGCCCACCUCUUCUCCCCCCUGCUCUCCAGCCAAAGCGUCGGUCAGACCUGCACUCCUCCCUCCGCUGACCUCCCCCGUUGCUCCUCCGGUCCCGUGUUCCGGUGAGAGAGGCAGGAAGCCACUGCGUCGUCACUCAGCACAGUUGGAACAGAUCUGGGGAGCUCAAAGGGACCAUUUAGGCUUCUGA